UGUGCUACAAUGGAGUACCACUCAGCGUCAAUGCUGAGCGGAUAGCGUUGUUUUCCUUUUUGCUGUCCGUAGGUGAUCAGACAGAUGAACCUAGAGCCGAUCCCAGAGGGCAUUGAGGAGGAGAUGUACGAUGGUGUGGCUGUCUCUAUAAUCUGUUGAUUAUGCUUUAUUUAAUUAACUUUAAUGCUUAUUACGUUUUCGGGCAAGAUCCCAAGUUGUUUGACUUUAAAAAGGCUUCCGCAUUAUUUUAAAUUACUCCGAUGAAUUUUUAUAUGUACUGAUAGAACGUUUGUUUAAAAUUGUUUUGAAAAUGUCGCAAAUUCGGAUACCAAUUCAGUGACACACCGGUCCGCUGUCUCACGGGUUUGGGUCAUGCGGGUUGGGGUGUUACAGGGAUGGAUAGGAUCUCGGGCUCUACGUUGGAGAAGAAGGAGCACGGUUCAACGAGACCGCUCUCUUGGAGGAAGUAGGCAUCCGAAACUUCGUAUCCACUCCCCAACAGCAACGCCCUACGAUUGCUUCCAUGAGUCCCGUGUUUCGAUUCAUCUUUUAUGUUUUGACACGGAUUCUCAAACCCAGGAAGUUCAAUCACACCACUCUCUCCCAUGAGGACACGAAGACAAUUCAUGUGAUGAUUCACAACGCCAAUCUCAAUUGGUGUAAAUUUGUGAUGACUCACAUGUUCUCGACCACCUCCGACAAUCGGUCGCUCCCCUACGCCCUACUUGUCAUGGCGAUUCUUGAAGAAUAUAACAUCAAAACCGAUGUUGGGCCAAAGAUAAAGGAGACAAAGCAUUGGGAGAUUGAUGAAUCCUCCUUCCACUCGGGCACCGACGAGACUCCGUUUCGACAGCCUCGUCCACGCCGCCAACCGAGAGCCACUGCCUCAGCCGCCGCCACUUCGACCAAUCCUUCUCUCGCCGAGCAAAUGGCAGCCUUAACCGCCACUCUCUCUCGGAUUGACACCAACGUCUCCAAAACGGCACACAACGUCAAUACCUUGAGCCGUGAACUUCACGGGUAUUUUGACUUUUUCAAUUACCCAUACGCUCAAAUGGUCCCUUACGUUCCUCCACCGAAUUUCAGAGGUGAACAAAGUGAGACUCAAAACGUUGGUAGAGAUGACGAGGUGGACGAUGAGGAAGAUGAAGAAGAAGAGGAAGAAGAAGAAGAAGAAGAUGAUGAUGAUAAUGAUGAUGGCGAUGGUGAUGAAGAUGAAGAUGAAGAAGAAGACAUUGACGAAGAACAACUUCUCAAUGAUCUUUCCCCGGAUUUCUAGAGCUCUAGCUCUACUUUCUUCUCUUCCUUAUUUUAUCAUCUUUUAAUAUGUUUUCGUUAUGUACUCCGUCAUUUCCCUUAAUUAAUUAAUAAAAAUCUUUAUGUUUUUUGUUGUUAACAAUCUUUUUGUUAAUGUCAAAAGGGGGAAGAUAAGGGCUAUGCAUAUAUUAAGGGGGAAUUUUUUUAAGGGGGAAUUUUUUUAAAAAAUAAAAAGAACAAAACCCU